AUGAGCAGCGACAACGAAGGGACAGCACCAGCAGUAGAAGAAGUGGUGGUAGCGGCAGAGGAAGAAGAAACUGUUCAAUCAGGGCUAGAGGGGGAUUCGGGGGAUUCGGGGGAUUCGGGGGAUUCGGGCAGCACGCAAGAUGCGAACGACGAAUCUCGAUCUGCCCCACAGGUGGUAGACUCGUUGCAGACUGAAGAGGAAGGGGACAGCAACGGGCAGCAGGAGCAGCAGCAGGAGCAGGAGCAGGCCGAACAACAGCAAGAAGGCCACGACAACCACGCAGGUGAGGAAGAGGACGGCGGUGUGAAAGUACACCACGAAGAUGAUGAGGAAGGGGAGGGAGAGGGAGCGGACGGGGACGGGGACGGGGAUCAGAAUGGGCAUGUAGGUGGGGUGGAGGGGAUAUCAGAAAAUGGUUGUGAUGAACAGCCACAGCCUCCUACUCCUCCACCACCUCAAGAUACGGAAGGAACGGAAGAGGGGGAGGAAGAGGAACUAGUGGAAGUGGAAGGAGACGAUGAAGACGAAGAUGGCGAAGAAGAAGAUGAUGAUGACGACGAUCAAAGUGAUAGCGAUGAAGAAAUUGAAGAGGACGAACAAGAAGAAGAAAAAGAAGAAGUGGCAAGUUCUAGAGAAGUAGAUGUCGUACAGGCCGAAGAGAACUCUCAACCAAAAGAUGCAGUGGAUGAUACCCAACAACCUUUUCCGGAGGAAGAGAAGCGGUCAAAGAUCCCUCCUCCCCUUCCCCCUCCUCCUCACACCCGCCCUCACGAGGAUCAGCCAUCGACUCCAUCAGAUCCACCGAGUGCGGACGGUGAAGACGACGAAGAUAAUAAAACUGACGAUAAUACUGGCCGUGACGAGGCUCCUGACCCACCGUCCGAGACAACAGGCGAAGAAAACAACCCCAACCCCGCCGACACCUCAGCUGAAGAUUCUGCUGCUUCUGCUGCUCCCGUUUCCGCUCCCGAUUCCAUUGACCCCAUCCUAGAAUAUCAAGAACAGAACGCCAACUCGGGAGAAGAACAAGAAAAAGAAGAAAGCGAUCAAGAGGGAGAGCAGGUUCUGGUACAAGAUCGCGAUCAGGAGAAGGUUCUUUCUACUGAUUUCGCGGAACCACCACUCGAUUCCACCCAUCAGCUAAGGAGAGAUAAUAAUAACAGCAAUAACAUAAUAAUCACUGUAAUUUACGACAUUAACGAACCGCUCCCGCUACCCCCUGCCGGAUAUCAAACAGCCAUAACCCACCCACAUCCUCCUCCUCCUGUCGCAGAGCAAAACGAACAAGUUAGCACUGAAGUUGUUGAAGAAGCAGAAGACGUAGACGCUGCCCCCACCGCCGACACCGCCGACGACGAACCACAACACUUUCCGGUGCUAGAGCCGCAGCAGGAAGAGGCCAAUCCCAACGACCCAUCAAAGACUGACAACGAGGAGCUUCCUGGUGAAGUAGAACCCUCCCCAACAGCGGCCGAAGAAGCAUCAUCCGUCGAGGUCCCCCCGCCAGCUUAUACCCCCACAGAGCCCGAAAAAGACCCACAGGACCCAAUCGUAACCGCGCCCCCCAUAAUGUCUGAAGUGUCUGCACUGUCCAAUGGCACUGGCUCCUAUAAAGAUGCCACGCCGCCCACCCUGCAGCAACCAUUUACGCAGAAUCCCUUCGAAACAAGCUUUGCCGCCGGCCCGCUCGAUGACGAAGCUGCUGCUGCUGCCGGCGCUGCGGCGCUCGCCAUGUCUGCGGUUGGCGUACAGGAUGGUUCCAGGAGGCCCAAGAAAGACAAGUCUCAUAGAAAGAAGGAUAGGUCUUCUGGAGAUGGAACCGAAAAGGAAAGGAAGCAUAGAGAUAAGGGCGAUAGGGGCGACCGGGAAAGGGCCAAGAGUAGAGACAGAGGCGAGAGGGGGAAAAGGGACAAGAGCGAACUCGGGAUUGGCGAGCGCCGAGCAAAGUCACGCGAUCGUCUACGAGAUGAUGGUAAAUCACGAGAUCGGGAUCCUAGAGAGAAGGAGAAGGAGAAGAAGCACAGAACACCCGAAGAAAAAGCCGAACGCGAGGCACGAAAGGCUGCGAAGAAGGGCUUAACCGCGCCAACGCCCGUAUACGCAGAUAUCGCCGCAGCGCCCUACGAUCAAUACGACCAGCAAUAUGAUCAGCAGUACGAAGAGGACAGGCGCAAGCUGAAGAAAGCCUCCAGACGUAACGGUGUUGUUGCGGGAGAAUUUGUAGAACCUCAGAUCGUGGGCGGUAUGGAAAUGCCAUAUGAGGAGGAGCGGAGGGAAAAGAAGAAAUCCAAGAAGUCUCGCCCGCCCCCGAUUGAUACCGAAUCGACACAGCAACAGUAUGAGCUACAACAAGAGGAUCAGCUGAAACGGAGAAAGUCGUCCAAGAAAGCAGCCGCUAUCCUUGGUGAGCCUGUCAUCAUGAACGAACCCCCGAUGUCACCAUACAUUGAUGGACCAAUAGAGCAACCCAAGCGGAAAAAGUCUUCCAAGAGAUCACCGCCGCCAGAUAUGGGCGCCGAGCCUGUCCAGGUCCUUCAUGAGCCGGAUGCCCGGCCGCCGCCAGCUGGAACCAACAGAAGGUCCCGCUCCGACUCUUUGAAAAACCCGAUCCCAGGUCCCAAUGGGAGCGCCGGGUCCGGAGAAAAGAAGCACAGCCACAAGAAGAAGGAUUCUGCGCAUCUAACCCCCGAGGAGAGAGAGAAGAGGAGACGGAAACAUGAAGACGACAAGGCGCUUCGAGAGGGUCGAGAACUCGAAAACCAUCUUUAUAAUGGAAGCAAAGAGAAGCGAAAGCUUGAAAAGGCCCUUCAAAAAGCCGCCAAAGCGAAAGCUGAAGAGCUCGAGGGCAUUCCUCCCCCGCUUGCGACGCCUCGCUUUACGGACGAGCUCAACCUCCCGAUCCAAAACCCCGACAACCAGCCCGAGAUCUCGCCGAGUGUCUACGGCGGCGACCAGUACCUCCGGGGCCAGCCCCACCGUGACCAGCAAGAUCUGAACGCUCCGAACCCAGAGGCGCCAUUCUCACCCUCGUUUGCUGCAUCUGACGAUCUAGCAAAGGCCGAGAAAGCGGCCCGGCGCGCUGAACGCCGCGCACGGAAGGAGCGUGAGGCACGGCAGACUGAUGGGGAUAACCCAGACCACCCGAAGGAUUCUGGUCACUCUCUUUCGUCGGAGGGAAAGCGGGAACGCGAACACCACCACCACCAUAAGAGCCGCGACAAGGUCGACCGCACACGCUCCCGAUCUCGGCCCGCGGGCCCCGAAGACGAUGAGGAGAGACGGCGCCGAAAGGAAGAGAGGCGGGAGGCAAGGAGACUGGCGGCAUUGAACGGAAACGAAGUGCGGGAUGUGAAGGAAAAAAAGAGCAAGCACAGAGAGGGCGGAAGAGUUAGAAGCAACAGCGAGAGGAGCCGCGAGAAGGAGAUGAUGAGAGAGAUGGAGGUGGGGUACCCCGAGGGCUAUGGAAACGCUUCGCAGCAGCCGUGGCAAGCGGGGAAUAUGACGGACGGUGAGGACGCCGCCAAGGUCGGUUUGAUGAGGAGGACCUUUAGUAAGUUUCUGAAGUUUUAG